UGAGUUACCAUACAGCAACACAAACCCAUUUCUUCCACGCCAACCAUCUAACGAUCCAACCAUAUCCCGACCAACAACCAGCACAGCCCGAUACAUUCCAAACCACGUCGCAUACGACAUUGUUCUCAGAGCAUAUACCCAAAAGGCCAACUUGAUGAGGGCUACGGCGACAUAAAAAAAUCACAGGACAUUUUGCCAUCCCGCCAGAAACUACAGCUAUUCAAGAUGCCGAGAGCAAUCAGAGGUGUACUCAUCCAGUGCGAACCAGCCAUCAAGUCCAUCAUCGUUCACUUGGAUAGUGUUAACAACGAUAUCAUCAUCGAAGAUCUUGAUGAGCAGACCCUGGUUGUUAAGGAAAACAUGGUGCAACUGCUCAAACAGAAACUCGAGGACCGCCUGAAGGAAACAUACAGGCCCGAGGAACCGCUGGCAGAUAGUGACUAGGAGUUGCCUAGUAAAUAGGAGACGCAUACGUAGUGACUUCAAGUCGCUGAACCCCCCCGAAUUACAUGCAUUUAUUUAUACACCUUCAACACUGCGUAGCAGUUACCAGCCUGCGAUGGACUACUUGAUCCUCUUUAAAGCUUUGAAAAGACGGGCUUCUUCUUCUGCACACUAGCCGAUAACGCGUCCAUCAUAUCUCUUGAUUGCAAAGCAGCCGAGUUCCAGACGGUGGUAUACCGUAAGCCUGUGUCAAAAUUAUCAGUUUAGCCUUUCCUUCACGAUAACGAGCAACGAGGAGGAAGAGAAACCAAGAAAGGAAACGUACUUUCAGAAACCGAAUGGUCCCUUGCGUGGUUCAACAACUCCUUAGUUCCCUGUACAGCAAUCGGGCUCUUCCCAGCAAUCAAGCCCGCCAGCUUGAUCGCCUGAUCCAG